AUGGAAGCGUCCGUCUCGAGUGCCCAAUUUCCACCGAGCAAGGCCUCAGCUCCCUCCAGUGCUGUUUCAAACAUUCCUGCUACUCAGUGUGAUGGGUCAGCCCAACCACGUGCCCAAGGCGAACUGCCAACGGGAACGCUCAGAGAAGUCUAUCAUCAUAUUCACCAUCACCAUCAUUACCACAAUGACGGUCUUCCUAAUUCAGGCCAAGUCGCGCCGGACGGGCAAAGCAUCGAAAUGCAAGAGGUGUGCGGCUCUGCGCCCUCUCGCUCAAAGUGCGCAAAGCACUUUCGGCGUUUCUUAUUUCGCACUUUCCUUUGGACCAUUGUGAUUCUCAUCAUUCUAGGCAUCACUAGCAUUCGUCCUAUCCAAAAGUUCUUCCUGAGACCCAUCGGCGCUCUCCUUCGCACCUGCCCCGGAUGGCUAGGGGAUGUCUUGUCCUGGCCAUUCGUCGCGAUGAUUCGCAUCGCUUACUGGAACCCCCUUUUUGUCAUCGUCUGUGGUGCUCUGAUCAUCUCAGUGUUGCUUGAAAGGCGCGUCAAAUCGCGUCGUCGUCGAGCUGCUCGUCGACGGGCACUUGCUGCAGACCUGCUUGAGGGUGAUUACGUUCGGCCCACCGCCGAGGAUGGGAAGCCCAAUCCACCACCUGCUCACGGACGCUCGCCGCUCUCCAUCUACCGUCAGAACGUUGUUAUGGCCCAUGAUUACGCAAAGACUGCUGCGGCACAGGCUCUGCCAGCUGCACGGUGGGUGUCAGAAACUGCGUUGGUCGCUGGUGGGACCAUCAUAGUCUGCUCGCAGCGGACAGGAAAGGCGCUAGGCUCAGCAUACCGUGCCGGGAGACUGGAAGCAUCUCGUCGUCGUGCGCUCGCAAAUUCAGUCGAUGAGCACCAGCCACUACUCAAUGGACCGGCUUCGGUCGAAGAGACGAGGGCCGAUGAUGUGCAGGCUCCCAGCCAGAUGAACCCUCACACCCUCAACCCUCGACGUGUAUGGUCCGCUGCUCGUUUUGGAGGCUACAAGACCUACAGUGCUUUACGUCUGACCGGCAAUACUCUGCAAGCAGGAUUCAUUGCUGCUCGAAAUUCUUGGCGCGAAGAUGGCGAGUUGCAGUUGCAACGUGAUGAAGUUCAAGAUGAUCACGCUUCCUACCGUGUCAAUGUAGGCGACGACACGAAUGGCCGACGUGAGAUGAGCGAAAGAGACUCGAUCAGAAGCAUCAGUCCAAGUAGUAUGGGUGACGACCAAGUGGACGUAUCGGAAAGCCAAGACCAAGCAAAUAAAGAUGCCGAAACACGCUACUCGACCGACACCUCGCCAUCCGACGCUGCACCUCUGCUCUUCCUCUCGCCCUCCUCCUCAUCGGCUGGGAGCAUCCAGCAGGCCUCUUUCGCAGUCACCGUCGCUCGCGAUCCAAGCAACGCCUCUCCGACCAGAAUUGCCGCAAAUCGCAAUGUGUUUGAAAGCACUGCUGCCGCUCGACAAGCGAAACAUUCUUUGGACAAGAUCGCUCCACGUCGCAAUAGCUCUUGA